GGGCGACCCGGGCCUGAUAAUCGAAUCCCCUCAUUCUAUUGAAGAACUUCUGAAAUGCUGAAUGGCGUCCUUGUCAUUUCUAGCUAGCGACUACUAGUAGCUAAUUUACGCACUGCGAGGGGAUUUACAAGCAACACAUGUUACUUUUUUCCAAUGCAUCAUAGUCCUUGGGGUGUGUGAGUGGAAGGGGGUGCGGCUGCCACAGUUCCAGAAGUGGGAGAGAGAAAGGCCUUUGAACCCCAGAGAGGCACAAUCUGCUGCAUAGACCGGUAUUAUCGUGAUGUCAGAGGAAGACGGUAAACCCGGCCAGGCUCUGGAGGCCAAGGCAGAGCCAGUGGCACCCAGUGGCCAGGGACCUGCGUCCGUGUCCACAACUGUGUCGGGGCCCCCUACCCCCACCGAGGAUGAGGAUGAGAGCGAAGACGAGUCUGAGAUCCUGGAGGAGAGCCCUUGCGGCCGCUGGCAGAAACGCAGAGAGGAGGUGAACCAGCGGAACGUCCCAGGGAUAGACGCUGCCUACCUGGCCAUGGACACGGAGGAGGGGGUGGAAGUGGUCUGGAACGAGGUCAUGUUCUCUGAGAGGAAAAACUUCAAGCUGCAGGAGGAGAAGGUGAAGUCUGUGUUUGACAACUUGAUUCAGCUGGAGCAUCUCAACAUUGUCAAGUUUCACAAGUACUGGGCUGACAUCAAUGACAUCAACCGUGCCAGGGUGAUUUUCAUCACAGAGUACAUGUCCUCAGGAAGUCUGAAGCAGUUUCUGAAGAAGACUAAGAAGAACCACAAGACCAUGAAUGAAAAGGCCUGGAAGAGAUGGUGCACCCAGAUCCUCUCAGCGCUCAGUUACCUCCACUCCUGUGAGCCGGCCAUCAUCCACGGGAACCUGACCUGUGACACAAUCUUCAUCCAGCACAAUGGACUCAUCAAGAUAGGAUCAGUGGCUCCAGACACCAUCAACAAUCAUGUGAAGACCUGCAGAGAGGAACAGAAGAACCUGCACUUCUUCGCUCCUGAAUAUGGAGCUGUUGCAGAUGUCACUACUGCAGUGGAUAUCUAUUCCUUUGGGAUGUGUGCCCUGGAGAUGGCAGUGUUGGAGAUCCAGGGGAAUGGAGAAUCUUCCUACGUCUCUCAGGAGGCCAUCAACAAUGCCAUACAGUCACUGGAAGACCCACUGCAGAGGGAGUUUAUUCAGAAGUGUCUGGAGGCUGACAUGUUUAAGAGGCCUACAGCCAGAGAGCUGCUAUUCCACCAGGCUCUGUUUGAGGUGCCCCUGUUGAAGCUGCUAGCUGCACACUGCAUCGUCAGCCACCAGCAUAUGAUCCCUGAGAAUGCCUUAGAGGAGAUCACGAAGAACAUGGACCCCAACCUCAUCAUCGCUGAGAUAAAGGAGGGCGUGCAGCUCAAGCUGUCUCAGUUUCCUGCCCUGGAGCUGGAUAAGUUCCUGGAGGAUGUGAGGAACGGUAUCUACCCCCUGACAGCGUUCGGUCUGCCCUCUCGCCAGCAGCCCCAGCAAUCCCCUGUCAAAUCCCCCAUUGUCGCCCCCUCUGUAAAAUCCCCUACCCCAGAACCUUCGGAACUGGAGACACGCAAGGUUGUUCAGAUGCAGUGUAAUAUUGAGCCAGUGGAGGAGGGUGCAAAACAUCAUCUGACACUACUGUUGAAGCUGGAGGACAAACUGAACAGACACUUAAGCUGUGACUUGUUACCCAAUGAGAAUGUAAAGGAACUGGCUGUUGAGCUGGUCCAACUGGGCUUUAUCAGCGAGGUGGACCAAAGCAGGAUGGCCACUGUACUAGAAGAGGCCUUCACCAAGUUCUUCAGCAGGAACGAUUCCCUCAACCCCGUCACUGUGUCCUCAUAACAGGAUCACCACGGACCCCAACUCCAGUACCUCUAUAUAUGCCUACAGGUACCUCCGUAGGUGGUUUGAAAUCGGAUACAAAUCUAAUUUCUAGCCGUGUGACUUGUCUGAACAGUCAAAUCUGAUUUAUUUUCCCUCAAAUAGUUUUUACUGUUAUUUGGCUUAUGUUGUUGCUUGAUAGCCUCUCUGUUGACAGUUUGACAAGAACAUGUGGUAGCUACCUAGCUUUUGUUAAUUGUUUACAAACGAUUGGGUGUGCUAGAGAGAAACUGCUAGCUAGUUGAUUGAUUGCUGUGGCUAGCCAAAAUAGCACUCGUUUUGAAAGUUUGGUCAUCUCAUCCUUUUGGGGCUUUAAAAGUGUUUCUUAAUUAACUCUGAUUUUGAACAUUUAAAGCAACCGGGAAAUGUCUAUGCCAGGCAUUGGUACCUUAGCUAACUACAUAAGUGAUAGGGAGCACCGACACCAAUCAGCUUACACCACACCCCCGUCGUUAAUGACAACUAGUGUAGCCCUGUCAGCAAUGACUGCUGUCUGAACACCCAUUCAUCUGAUUUGGUCAGACAGGAGAAAUACUCCAGAUAUAGCAGACCCUAGCCCCCCGACACAAACUAUUGCAGCAUAAAUACUGGAGGCUGAGACAGGAGGGGCCGGGAGACACUGGCCCCAUCUGACGAUACACCCGGACGGGGCAAAACAGGCAGGAUAUAACCCCACCCACUUUGCCAGAGCACAACCCCCAACUUACUAUCCAGAGACAAGGCCGAGUAAAGCCCAUGAAGAUCUCCCCCUCGGCACAAACCCAGACAGGAAGAUCACGUCAGUGACUCAACCCACUCAAGUGACGCACCCCUCCUAGGGAUGGCAUGGAAGAGCACCAGUGACUCAGCCCCUGUAAUAGGGUUAGAGGCAGAGAAUCCCAGUGGAAAGAGGGGAACUGGCCAGGCAGAGACCGCAUGGGCGGUUCGUUGCGCCAGUGCCUUUCCGUUCACCUUCACACUCCUGGGCCAGACUACACUCAAUCAUAUGACCCACUGAAGAGAUGAGUCUUCAGUAAAGACUUAAAGGUUGAGACCGAGUCUCUCACAUGGGUAGGCAGA